AUGGAUUCUCCCAAGGAGCUCACCGUCCACCAUCAUGGCACCCCGCACAUCAUCGAAGUGUCCUCCUCGGCAACAUUACAAGAUCUCUCCACGGAGAUAGAGCGCGUCCUCAACAUCCCCAUCAACAACCAAAAGCUCCUCAUAGCCCCUAAGCCAGGAAUGCAGAAAGCACCAUUUCCACCAACUCUCCUCGACACCAUCCUCCAAACAUCAUCCCCCAAAUUCAAGAUCACCCUCCUCGGCACCCCCGCCAAAGCAAUCGCCGAUCUCCACGAACAAUCCGCCAACGAGCAACGACGACAAGAAUCACGCGCAGCCGCUCUCUCCGCUGCAAGACGCAACAAACAAACACCCUCCACCCGCAGCGGCGGCAUCCACACCAUCUCAUCCUCAAGCAACAACUACACUUUCCACCGCCUGCUCCCACUAUCCUACCUUCCCAACCCAGACCGCUCCCUCGACUUCCUCAAACGCCUCCGCGACGACCCAGGCAUCCGCGCUGCAAUGGCAAAGCAUAAAUUCUCCGUCCCGCUCCUGACGGAAAUGAACCCAGCCGAGCACACGACGAGCGAGUCGCGGACGCUAGGACUGAACCGGAACAAAGGCGAGGUGAUCGAGCUGCGUCUGCGAACAGAUGCGUAUGAUGGAUAUCGGGAUUACCGGACUAUUCGGAAGACGCUGUGUCACGAGCUUGCGCAUUGCGUGUUUGGGCCUCAUGAUCGCGAUUUCUGGGAUUUGACGUCGCAGAUUGAGAAGGAGGUCGAGAGGGCGGAUUGGAAGUCUGGUGGGAAUCAGCUGUCUAGUCAGGAGUUUUAUAAUCCUGGCGAUUGGGACAGUGCGCAGGGCGAGGAGGAGUUCGAUGAGUGUGGGUGGACUGGUGGGGAGUUUGUUCUUGGGGGCUUGCAGGGCAGCUCAAGUGGAGGGCAAAGUGGUGCCUCUGAUGGGGCUUUGUCUCGGAGGGAGAUCAUGGCGCGUGCGGCGGAGGAGAGGAUGAAGAGGGAGAGUCAGGCUAGGAAGCAGGAUGAUGCUCCGUGA